GCUUUACGUAAGGCAGGCGCUCCGGUUUCCUGGCGGAGAAGAUGGCGGCUCCUGGACCGGGGGAGUAUUUCAGCGUCGGGAGCCAUGUCUCUUGCCUCACCUGCUUGGGCCAGCGACUACAAGGAGAAGUGGUCGCGUUUGACUACCAGUCGAAGAUGUUAACUCUGAGUAUCCUUUGUUGGUUCGGAGCUGCGGACGGCUCGCUGGCCUGCCUGGCUGCACGGGCCUGUAGGGUAACCGAAAAUAUGUCAAACAGUGAUCCGCGCAGGCGUAAUUGGUGAAGCUGACUUCCAGAUCUUUGUCCGUUUAAAAUAUCUUGAACUGCUACGAAGCCGCACAGCCAUCCCUUAGAUGCGGGAGCUAAUGUCGGUGUUACCGGGUAAUUUUACGGCUUUAUGUUAGCCGCUGGGGAGGUUGCAUGUGUUUUGAAUCCACUCAUUGUAUUGCCAGCCCUCAACAUGGAUCAGCGGAUCCUGCUCUGGCAUCAUGGCUGUGCGCUCUCAACAGGCACCAACCGUCGCUACAGUUAGCCCCCCCCUGCUAAACUGACAUUCGCCGCACCUUUGCGCGUGCAAUUCUCACGUCUUCUAGAACCCCAAACAGUCGGCUCGUGCUGCGGAUGUUAAACGGUUGAGUUUAAAACACGGAGCUGAAGGGAGAGAGAGAGAGAGCGGGGUCCACCUCCUCCACGCUAUACUAAACUGCUAACUCGGCUAACACGCUAACUUACGGUCAACCCCACACCGCCGCUAGUAGCUCAAUUAACUGUAUUAGCAUUCCUGAGAUUAUCAACUGGGAUUUUUUUUUACUAUGCUUCAUCCGAUUCUGUAAUUUUUUUGGAGAUAAUGAGGAGGAUUCAUUCUCAUUUCUGCACGUUUCUGACCAGGGCUGGCAUCAUUUCAUCCACCGUUAGCUCGCUGCUGGUUAACAUGUCUACACCCAUUCAUGGUCAGACCCAUAGACGGAUGGGUGGACUCUAGAGAUUCAACAUUAAUCCAAAUGUUAUAGGAUACAGCUAACCGAGCAAAUGGGGAAAACGUGAAUGAAUUGUAUCACUUAUAAAGAGAAAUACACAAAUGAGCUAAAAUAUUAUGAAUAUCUGGGCAAUCUGAUGCAACCUAAUACAACUGAUUUAUCUUAAAGUUUAUUUUAUGAAGAAUAUACGAUUUUGUUUCAUGUUGACAUGAGCAGAGAGGUGAUUUUUCGACUAUUUUUUUAUAUUAUAGAGGUAGCAAGUGGUGGUGUUGUACUAAAAAGGUGUUUCUUAGUUUUUGUCAUGUAAAUGGGAUAUAAAACAUUUAAAUAUUUAAACAAUCUGAAUCAUGAAAGAAAAAAUUAUCUAAGAAUUGGGAUGUGCUGAUCAGCUUUUUGACCCUGAUUCAUUUUUUUAUUUCUUAUUUCAAUAAUUUGUAUCAUUAGGUGUCCUAAUCUGAUACUUGAAUUCACCUCUAUGAAUGGGCUGCACAUCUUCAUGGUCUUGAUACCCUCGUCAGUGGUCUCCUCUCAGGAAAGAGCAUGUAUUAGGGCCGUCAGGGUAGGGAUGAAACCAUGGCCGCCUUCUCAAUCAGUCAGUGAAGCUGGGAGUGUUCAUUUGCUUGUCAUGUAUCUUGAUGUUUUAUCAGUUUGGUAGUUUUAAACGCAGCUUCUUGGCUUUUUUUAUACUGUUUCUGCUGCAACUCCUGCUCAGUUUACAAUGGCUUAUGGACAUGAUUAGAGGGAGACGAUCAUUUCAAAUUGGCAAAAACACUCAGUAUGGCUUUGAUGUGAUACAUGAGAUCGAGAUGAGGACAUCCUUCUGAAAAGUAAACACAUCUAAGAGAAGCACAGGUGUAAUUAUGCAUUACAACGCCAAAGUUGUAAAUGUAAUUGUGCGGUAGUAGUAUCAACUUGAUGGAGUGCAAACAGUGAUCAGGGAUUUGAGUAAUUUCGUGUGCAAACCAAGUGCACUCAAGUGUUAAUGUGCAAAUGCUGUAUACUGAUCAAGUCUUACUGAAAAUACCAAGGAGAAGGCACUACUUUGAAGUGAUAGGAUGAGAGUUGAGAGUUUGAUAGAGACUAGCUGUUGUGCGGAGUUAAGCAGCUCCUGAGUCUGUAGGAGAAGGUGCAUCACUGUCUGAUGGUCACUGUCUGACAACCAGCAGGUUGUCAGGAGAGUAGUAAGUGUGAUUCAGAAUGGACACGUUUGUUGGGCGCCGCCUCUCCAUCACUACUGAGUCCGCCGGCUUCAGACGAGAGUGUGUAACUUGUGUUGACAAGUUUUGCAACGUACAUGCUGUCAAAGUGGCAGAGCCGCAGGAUGCAACAGCGUGAAUGAAGGUUAUACAAAAUAGAGCCGUGACAGUUUGCACCAUAUGUUUCUGUUGGUUUGAACGGCAUGUCUUGGACGAAUUAGUUGUUACAUUCUUGAUUUAAACACCCUAAUGCUCACCCCUCCCAUGGGGUAAUGGUAAGGCCUUUGAGGACAAGAAGCCCCUGUAAUGCACAAGUGUAAUACUUGAUUUUUGAACCACCACUCUAUUUCUUUCUCUUCAAUUUGCAGUUUGUACAGUUACUCACUAAAUACACAAAAGCAUAUAGGUAGAAACAUGGCAGUACAAGAUGGUGGCUUCCGUUGAAGGGGACUUGCUCGUUUUAAGUCAACAAAUCCAAUACUUUACCUUUUCGGGUCAUGGUACACUAAUUUAAGAAUAUAUCUGUUAGUGUCUUAUCUCAUUUCUACAAGUCUAAUCUGCUAAACGCAGCGCACUGCACCUUUUUAAAUGAGUUUUCAUGUAAAAGCAGUAAAGUUAGUGAUUGACAUUUAGUAUGCACAUGUAUUUUCACCUUUUUUAAUGUCAAACUGUGAUCCAUUACUACACAACCUCUGUACUGUGAGUGUAAAUCAUGUACAUAAAUAGGUUACUUUAGUCGUGCACCAGUUUCCCCGCUUUACGAGCCAUGUUUGUAUUACAGUGGGGUAAAGUGGGGUCAAUGCCUCCAGGCCCUGCUGUGUCAGGGUUUCUCAAAACCACAGAUUCGUAGUGAGAUAAAUGCACAUGAGCUCCCUGUUACUGGAAGUUCAUGUUUGGAUUUUCAAGGAGCAGUUUUUCACUCAAAAAUGUCUCCCUUAGAAUGAGGAAGAAGAAAAAAAAAACAGAAAUGACCUCAUUUGACUGUAAACCAGUGUGUUUCAGAUUAAGAUUCCAAGGUUGGAUUUGUUAUGUAAUAAUAAAGCAUUCCAUAAAGGAAGUCAUAUUGCAUUUCACUUCAUGGUUAAAGCUGUGUUUAUUCUCAUAGUGACUCGAAAGUGUCAGGUGUCACUUGUUUUACUGUUCUGUGAAAUGGACAUCAUUUUAACACCUUCCCAUUCAGUCUCAAUUCAUUAUUAAUACAUGAUUUCCAGAGGCGGCUGUACUGCCCUCUGUAGCUGCAUCCUGUAACUGGCACCUCCUUUCACUGUCCGUGUAACUCAGCAGCCAGUGUUCACUCUAUCAUAAGGUCCUCUGUUCAGUGUCAGAGCCAGAGUCCGGGUUCAUCCGGGGUCACUUUUCUGUAGUUCCUCUGUGCUGUGUCACUUUAUCACCGUUCUUUUUGCCUUGACCGGAGUUCUCUCUCAGAAUGUGCUUCCUCCAGCGGUAAGCCAAACCUCAACGACGUCAUCCUGAUCAACUUAGCCUAUGUUUCCGAUGUGGACAUAAUUAAUGACCGCACUGAGACUCCACCCCCACUAGCAUCACUGAAUGUUAGCAAGGUAAGUCCAUCAGCUUUGUCUCUGUCCUUCCAUUGAUGGUUCUGAGUGUAACCAGAUGAUUAAUUUGAUCGUCUCAAAGUCAAGGAAAGUGAGGCAGACUUGAAACAUGUAACUAAAAGCUAUUUCAAAAUGAAAGCUGAGAUUUAAGUCAGUAGUAUGACCCACUCACAGUCUGUCCUUUUUAGAGAUAAAAUCUGAAUGUUUACUCAGCUGCUUCUCAGGCCUGAUAAAAACUUUUUCAAGUUUGUCAUUACAGGAAAUCUUGUUGAUUUUCUCAGACAGCCGGGAAAGGAGGGGUUGUUAUUUCUUACUGAAACUUGUGAAUCAGUAUCUUUGAUUUACUUACUGCCACAGUGAGUCCUGGUUUAAUAGUCCAGACCUGUGAUUAGAUAUUCAGUCUAGAAAUAUCAACAACCGGGGAUGCAGCCCCUGAAUUUGGACACAAAAACAACAAAAGACGUUUCCAGCUGGACCUGUCUCUUGGCAAAAAAAACAACUAGUAUUGUAUUGGCUCUGAUCUGACCCGUAGGUUUUCCCUUGAAAUUCAUCUGAAAACAGCAGGAUAUUUCAGUUUUACCAUCAUUUACUAUUUAUUUGCCAACCCAGUGGACGGCAGUUAACUUUCCCCAAAGUGCAACAAGGUUACGACACCUGUAGCAGAGUCAUGAUGCUUUUUUUAAAGAAAACUGCUGCAGAUGGUCGAGAAAUCUGGCCUGGUGGUGUGUCCAAGGAUGAUGAGCACCGGAGUAGGUCACUGAAAACUGAUAGAUUUUCCCUUUAGCAGACCUGCCUCCCAUUUGAUAGUUUGCAGACUAUUAACGUCUUCAUUCAGUAAGAAAUUGAUGCUAACACUUUACUUGAAGCCUCUCUCUGUAACGCAUUAUGAAUAUAUGUAUAAUGCGUUAUUAUCAUUAUUCAUAUAUUUUUAAUACGUUAUAGAUAGAGAUGUCAAGUAAAGUCUUACCAAAUUAAUUUUUUAUCACUGAAAGUCGUUUUAUUUAUUUCUUCUGUAUUGGCUGCAUUUACGUGAGUUUUUGUAAACAGCUGAUCUCACUUUCCUGAUGGGUUUUGCUCUAUCAAAGCUGACAUGUGAAUGUCUAUAGAAAUUCAGUUAAAUGAGAUAUUUAAAACUUCAAAUAAGAGGGAUUAAUUUGUCGUGGCAGUUGCCAAUGCAAAUGAGAUUCCUGGAGCCGAGUGAGCGUUGUCGAGUCAUUUACUGGACCGCAAUGGAGACAAGAGAUGAAAAUGUCCAGACUUGUCCUUUUUUUUUUUUACGAUUUAAAAAAAACAAUCUGUUCCCAGUUCAAAGCUGUCAAAAUAAAUAAUGCCUGUUUUAAAAAAAGCCUUUUGUUCUCUUCUUCUCUUCACAGCUUGCCAAUCGAGCACGGACAGAAAAGGAGGACAAGCUGUCCCAAGCCUAUGCAAUCAGUGCUGGGGUUUCUGUGGAGGGCCAACAGCUAUUCCAGACUAUUCACAAAACGUAAGAGCUGCAUACCAUCACCACAGUUCUCUAAUGUACAUGUUCUCUGUAAAAAAAAAAAAAAAUCCAGCAUGCAAGCUUUUACUAUCAUUAAAUUUGAGGCCCAAUGUCAAUAAAGCAAGUACAGAAGAUGAAGCGAUGCUGAUAUUCAAAUCAAGUAUGCCAUCUGUUAUUAUCUGCAUCGUCCAAUCCAAAAGCCUUCCUUAAGAGAGAAGUCAGAUCUGGAAGAAUACAAGAGAAGUCCGUGUUCAAAGACUCCUCAAGACUAUCAGACCUGAUUAAAAGCACAAACCAACACCUGCUGCUGCAGCACACUGCUCCAAAACUUAACAAGAAGCUGCUGCUUUAAAAACACACAGUAUAUGUGCUUUUUUUCUGGCACCCCACAGUCGUGUCUGUCUUAAUUUGCACAUGCUAUUCCUGCAGUGAUUAUAAUGCAUCAUGGGAUUUGGAGCUGGUAGAAAGUCCUGCAGCUACAGAGAAGAACCUCUCUUUAUUAGAGUGAAAUGAUGGCGUGAAGAAGCCAGAGGGUUUGUCAUUUUUAAAACGCAAAAGACAAGAUGUGGACAAAUAUCUCACCGCUCUGCUGGCUGUGAUUGUACGUCCUUUAAAGUAGGGAUGUUCCCAGCAGUUAAUUUUACUGACGUUUAAACGACCAUUUUGAAACCGAAUAUUCGAAUACACGAAAAUUAAUUAACUCCCAGAAAAUAGCCCAAAUUGAGCACAUGUCCAUCUAUAUGGCCAGAUAUCAUCUGAAAUAAAUAUUAAGAGUACAUGAAACCAAUGCUUAUAAUAUUAAAAUAUGUUACAGAAUCUUAUUUUAGAAUGACAUAAAGUAGGUGAAAGAUCAGCCUGAGCCAUGAGCACACUUUAUCAAAAUCAAAAUACUCCCAAACUUUGCUCUUUUUUUCUCACCGACAUCGCACUGGCUGAUCGCACGUGUUGAUUUACUCUGAGGAAGUUAACCCACGAUGCCAUCCAUGCUGCAGGCCAGCGCUGCGAGCCCAGAGCAUCGAGCCAGGCAGAAAGAGUCGCACGCAAAUGAUCCACGCAUUUUAGCUUGUUUAAUGCACCUUUUAUCAAGACAUGAUGGUAAAAACGUAAUUAAAAAAGAAGCUUUUUUUCCGCUUUUUUCCGCUUUUCUUUUCUGUUUUUUUAAAUAGAAUAAACAAAUAUUCUUUACUAACCGGAUAGUAAGGACAGCCCCGUUUACACGAAUAACCGCGCACAUCCCUAGGACAAAUAUCUCACUGCUCUGUUGGCUGUGAUUGUACAUCCUGUAAAACUCCAGUGCAGAUAGUUUAACUUCUUUUUGAUAUUCUUAUUUUGCUGCAUUAAAAUCCGUUAUGUUUUGGGGGUUCAGACUGUUCUGGGUGUGAUGAAUUGGCUCCAGCAUGUCCUUGAAAAUGAGGACACUAACUUCAGUAAUUCGCUCCGGCAAUUUGAGCCCAUUUUAGACUCGUCUUUGCAGCGUCCUUCUGUAGUUGUCCCACACACUCAUAUUCAUGUGAGACAGUCAUCGGUCACAGCAUGAUGAAGAACCUCAUUGAUUAUUAAACGAGCUGUGAUCUUGCUCUUCCUUUUUUACUGGAAUAGACUGUUUAAUCAACUAUGAGUCAUGUUGGUUUGUGUUCCUCUCUUUCACUGUGACUAAUUUGACAACUGAACUUUCCUUUCAUGAGCUCCAGUUUCACUUUGACAAAGUUCCACCCUCUACGUGACAAAUGUGUAUACAGACAGCUUAACUUGGCACUCGAGCGGUAUGCACUUGUGCAGCAUGUUACAUCAUUUUCAUACGGAAAUGACCAUAUAGCGCUGAAUAGUUAUCAUCGCAGUCAGGAGAUUUCUAAGAACUGGAUCAUCUUGUUUCUUCGUUCUGAAUUGUGUCUUUAACCAGUAAAAAGUUCCUCUCUGCUUCGGAUUAAACGUGAACUUCUCUUUGCAGCAUCAAAGACUGUAAAUGGCAGGAGAAGAACAUUAUUGUGAUGGACGACGUCGUAAUCUCGCCGCCUUACCAGGUUGAGAACUGCAAAGGCAAAGAGGGAAGCGCUUUAAGUCAUGUACGCAAAAUAGUAAGUAUGAUUUUUGUAUCUACACACAACAAACAACAUCAUAUCUCUGUGGGUGCAACAAAAAAUACUCAACAGUCUCUUCUGAUGCUUCAUUUUUAGCUGCAAUGAAGAAAUAAACAACUUUUUAGCUUCAAUGCAUUAAAUUUGUCUUUACUCUUUAAUAAAUGACCAACAUAAGGUAAGUAAGAGAAGACAAAACAGCAAAUUGGUUAAUGAUUUAGUAUCACAGUUUUCUGCAGGUGUCUAAACUGAAACAAAAGCCUCAUAAAGACGGACAAAUGUUCAAUAUCGUGGCUAAAUCCAGACAGGCAUUGUGUCUCUGUCAACCUUCAAAAACGUGGCGUGGUUGAAUUUAGCUUCACCGUAGCAUCUGCUGCUGCUUGUCAAUCAGCUGGCAACCUUUCCGGCGUUGCACCUGCCACCUGCUGCUAAGUUUACGAGAAGCAAAGCCGAAUGAAGCACAGGCGUUAAUGUUCAGGCUCUGUUUGUGCUGCAGGUGUACAAGUUUUCUCUGUUAGAUUUCAUGUCCAAACGUCACCAACACAAGAGACUGAUUCUUGAUACCCAAGCCCAGGUCACAGAGUCGUCAGUCAUUGUUUAGGGUUCUGGAUUUCCAAGUUGUAAACAUAAAUGGAGAUGUAUUUCUAUCCAUACUGAUACCAUUAUUAAGACUCCUUAUUAGGGUUAAUCGAUGUGGAUUAUUAGGGGAGAAAAAAAUCUGAUUACCCGUUAAUCGAACAAUUAAGAAGUGAAACUGAAUCUUAUUCUCUGCAUUUUAUCUCUGUAAAUAUCGGCGAAAAUCAGCGAGUUUUGGCUGAUUACCGAUUAGUCUCAAACGGGCAAAAAUUGGCCGAUUUAAUCAGCUCGCCGAUAAAUCGGUCCGGCCCUACUCCUUAUUGAUUCAAGUCCUUAUCAAGUCUUUUCUAUUCUUGUUUUCCUUCAUGCUGUUUUAUUAAUACAGAUUUUUAUUCCUGACAUUUGAUUUUUGUCAGCAGCUGAUCACCAGAAUUCUUCUUUAUGUAGCUGAAUGCCUGUUCGCUGACAGUCUAUUGACAUGUGCGCACCACUGGCUAAAUUAACAGGACAUAAUUUGACUAAAACAGAGUUAACUCAGUAAAAAAGCUACUUCAUGUUCCCCUCGGGACUCGUUAGCAGACAUUAUAAGCUCAAACAUUAUUGAUUUAUGGGUUCUAGCAAACGGUAAACUGGUCCAGCCUCAUUCAUAGAUCCAGUAAUCGAUCCCUGUCCCUAAUCAUUGCUGGAUUAUCUCGUUAAGUUGAAGUCUUGCUUCCAUACUGCAGGACAAAUUCAUGAAUGAAAAACAGCGACGUCCUUGAGAAGAAUUAUCACUCGCUCUCAAGUUUCAGUUUCCAAUCUUCUACUGUUUUUUAUUUUGAAAGACAAGUCCCUCUCUACUCAUUUACACAGACCAGUCAGUAUCUGUACAACUUCUCAGCUGUGCUUGACAUGAUAUUAUUGAGAUUUUUGUAACUGUUCUGACACAAUGAUGUAAGUUUUCUUCACAUGAGCUCCAACACUGUUCACCAACUGUCAAAGUUUCUAGUGCAGCCUCAAACGCUGCAUCAGCUGCUCCAGUUCCUCGAUAAAUGCAUGUAAUUUUAGAUCAUUUUUCUAUAUUGUUGCUGCUCAUGUUCCUCAUCAGUGUCUCGUUUUCGUCCCCGCAGGUUGAGAAACAUUUUAGAGACUUGGAAAGUCAGAAGUCCAUGCAACGUUCACAAGCACAGCAAACACAGAAGGACUCCACUUUAUCUUCUUGAGUUGGCAGUGUGGGUCGGCCGGGGAAGGCGACGCGGGUGGUUUUGUUCCCACUGCCAGACUAAGUCGGCAUUCCUUGUCCUCAGUCUGAGACCACAAGGAGGAGCGCUGAGGGCCCUGGAUCCAGAAGAUCAAAAUACCAUUAAAUGAAAAAGACAAAAAAGAAAGAGGAAAGAUUAAAUCUUAAAUUAGACUUUAUAAAGAAUAAUUUAAACAUGAACCAUAAAGCAACCAUAGUUUCCUUAACUAACUUGUCUCAUUCUGCCCCCACUCCUCCCCCCCUCCCCUUGAAACCUUUUCUUUUUCCGCCCUCCUUCCUUUGCCUUCAGUUCCAUUUCAAAAAGAGAAAACUAGAGCAGUCAGAAAGGCUUGUUAGCUUUAUUUUCUGUCAUUGUUUCCUUUUUUUGCUGUAUCCAUGUUCUACUGUCUGUAUUUUCUGUAUUUUAAAAACAAAAUGUGACUUGAAAUGCCACACUUUAAAGGACAUUUUCUAAAAUAAAAGUAACAAAAAUUCUGACUGUAAUUUUCAACAACUUUUUCAAGGUCUCGUGCACUCAGAAACAACAGAAAUGUGAAAGGAU